CACUGUGGAGUGCGCUGCCUAGAACACGGCGGGUGUCGAGCUGCAUAUUACUGCGGUAACACAGAGACUUGUGCCCUGUCUUGUUCUGAAGUUCCGGAUGGAUUUCUGUUGAGUGACCCAAAUUGUUCUUAUCUGGAGGCACGCAACCGCACACUAUCUUGUCUGGAAUGUGGGUGUAAAAAUGACGGGACUUGUAUCCAAUUAACUGACGGAUCUAGUCAAUGUACCUGCCCUGUCCUUCACGGCGGAUUAUACUGUGAACUGACGUGCCCACCGCAGUUUGAGGUUAUGUACAAGAGGAGUUGCUACAGCUUCAAUAUGACACUGACGGCCAACUUCUCCCAGGCCAAACAACACUGUGAGUCAAUGGGAGCAAGGCUAGUCGCCGUAAACGACGAAGAGGAGCACAAUUUUAUUAGGCAGUAUCUUGCCGCAGAUAGAGCACGCACGACGGUCAGUUGGUGGACCUCAGCAACCGAUGAAGCCUCCGAGGGUACCUGGGUAUUGUCUGGAUGGGGCGACAUUCCAGCACCUUUUAUUACAUGGGGCCCAGAACAACCAGAUAACUAUGAGAGCAAGGAAGAUUGUGCAGUAUACUGGGGGGGAAACGGGCUUUUUAAUGACUUACCAUGCACCAUGACUGCAAACUUUAUAUGUGAAACGGAGGCGACUUAGACAGCGACACAUAUUGGGAAUCUCUACAGGAUAACA